UGGGGUCGCUCCUUCUCGGGUACGGGCCGCAGUCCGGUGCGUAAAGAGCGCAGAGAGCGCGCAGAGGAGUGGAGCACCGGCUUGGACUUUUCCGAUUCCGUCUCUCCGUCCGAGCUGAGCGGCUCUCGAUGACGCUUGGUUCUUCUUCGUGAGUUGUUCGCCAUGAGCUGCCUGGAUGUGAUGUACCAAGUGUUUGGUCCUCAGCCUUAUUUCAGCUCCUACAGCCCCUACCACCACCAGAAGCUGGCUUUCUACUCCAAAAUGGAAAACCCCCAGGAGCUCAGCAGUCGACUCGGCCCCUCGGGGCCGCCGGCCAUCAAAGAGGAGGACAAGGAGCUGCCGCCGGGGGCCGAGUACCUGAGCUCCCGCUGCGUCCUGUUCACCUACUUCCAGGGUGACAUCAGCACGGUGGUGGACGAGCAUUUCAGUCGAGCGCUCAGCCAGACGAGCGCGUACCUGACGCCGAGCGGGAACAAGGCGCCCAGAGACGGCUCCUUCCCCAUGAGUCAGAGGAGUUUUCCUCCGUCGUUCUGGAACAGCUCCUACCAGCCGGCGGUCUCCUCCACGCUGGGCGGUGCUCUGUCCGCCCCCCACGCAGACAUCUCCUUCCCUGCCGACCCAUACUCCUCCAGCUCCCUGCACAGCCACCUCCACCAGCCCAGCCCCGACACCUGGCACCCGUCGCACCACCACCACCACCAUCAUCACCAUCACCCUUAUUCGCUAGGGGGCGCCAUUAGCGCUCAGAGCUCAGCCUACUCUCGCCCAGGUGUCCACGAGAUGUACGGCGCGGCGUUCGACCCGAGGUACAGCUCCCUGCUGGUGCCAUCGGUGAGGCCGCACCACAGGCUGUCGUCGGGCAGCUCGGUGCCGGGGCCCAGCACCUCACCCUGCGACCUCGGCGGGAAGGCGGAGUCGGGGACGGGGUCGGCCUGGAGCGGCGCCUUCGCCGGAGCUGGAGCGGAGAUCGGACUCAACAUAGACACAGCUCUGCGCUACAGUGGACUGUGCAGCAGCAGCGGCGGCGGCGGCAGCACCAUGAGCCCUGCUGAGCUGAACGCCGACAGCGUGGAUGCUAAGCAAGCGUGGAUUCAGAAAACCAGGAGGGAAACCGAUCUGAACGGAUACGGACAAAGACAAAAGCCUCUGUGCUUCUAUGACAGGGAGGGACUACAUUCCUAAGCUGGGAAAGAAAAAAAAGAAACGUCCGGAGGGACAGACGGACAGAAACACAUGUGGGUUUCGCACUCGAAGGACUUGGCAGACCCUUCCUUACUGGGAGUGUGUUAUGGCUGUGCUGGUGUUCAGGACAGGACCUGGCAGACGAUGAAAGCAGGAACAGGCUGGACACUUUGGUGUUCGGGGGAAUCACGUUCCGACUGGACAUACCAGCUCAGAAACAACAACAAAAAUUAGGAUUUUUUGGACCUUAACUGAUUUCUGAAGCAUUUUAGCUGCAACAGCAAACCUCAUCCACAUCCAAACCGUAUCGAAGGUUUGCAAACGGCAUCAAGACGAAGCAUGCUAACUGUAAAUCCUGUUUUAUGAGUGUACAGUGACAUUGUCCUUAAAGGUAUUGCACAAAGUGAAUAAAUUUCAAAUCUACAGAUUCAGAAAA